AAGGGGUUUUGUUGGCUUUGCAGGUGCAUUGGGAUUUCUGCUGGGAAACAUCACAAGAAGAGAGAGGUUGCAUGAAGAACUAAAGAUGGCAAAAAGUGAGGACUGCAUACACAUUUUGCAGGGUCUAUUAGUCUUUGGAAAUGUGGUCAUUGGGAUGUGUGGCAUUGCCCUGACAGCAGAAUGUAUCUACUUUGUGUCUGAUCCACAUGGUCUCUACCCUCUGCUGGAAGCCACAGAAAAUAAAGACAUCUAUGCUGCUGCCUGGAUUGGCAUCUUUGUUGGCUUUGCACUGUUUGCUCUAUCUAUCCUUGGUAUCAUUGGAAUCAUUAAGUCCGACAGGACCUUACUGCUGGUGUACAUCAUUCUGAUGCUGAUUACUUUUGCAUUUGAAAUGGCUUCUUGUAUCACCGCAGCGACUCACCGAGACUUCCUCACUCCAAAUCUCUUCCUGAAGCAAAUGCUGGAGAAGUAUCAGAAGGCAGAGACAGCUAAUAACCAUGACAAAUGGAUGACUGAAGGGGUCACAAAGACAUGGGAUAAACUCAUGCUUCAGAACCAUUGCUGUGGGGUGCUGGGCCCCUCCGACUGGCAGGAGUACACGUCUGCCUUCCGCCUCACACACAACGAUGCCGACUUCCCCUGGCCACGAAAAUGCUGUGCCAUGGAUGCCCAAGGGCUUCCCGUCAACCUUGAUGGCUGCAAACUUGGAGUCCCUGGCUAUUAUAACAGCAAUGGUUGUUAUGACGCUAUUUCUGGGCCAGUAAACACACAUGCCUGGGGUGUUGCCUGGUUUGGUUUUGCCAUCCUCUGCUGGACUUUCUGCGUCCUCCUUGGUACCAUGUUCUACUGGAGUGGAAUUGAAUACUGAAGGCCCGGUGUACUCACUGCUGUCCUGAAAUGCCGCAUGAAACUGCGUUUGUCUUCUGCUCCAUUCUCCUUGUGCCAUGGAGGAUUUGAAGUUUUCCCACUACCUCUCCCAUAUAUACUUUUGCCGCUCCAAAACCUGACACACAGAACUGACUGCAGGAAAGAAUCUUCUUGUCCCUCCUUACCCCUUGUUCUGCAGCCUUUAUGUCUCCUGGCUGAGGCACAAUCCUUUCACGGUGCAAGAAAUCCUUGGAGCAUAAGAUAAGAAGUUAUCUGAUUUGUUCUCUGAUGAUAUCAGUAAAGAAAAUCUCCAUAUACACUUGCUGCAAAACACGGCUCUCUAAAGUAAGGUUGAAUUUAAAUUGUAAUGCUAAAGGCUCCAGCAAGGGCUGUGUGAGCAAAACUGUAACCUCCUGUGACCAAAACUGUAACCUCCCGUGACCAAUAAAGAUGGAUGCUGCAAGGGAGAAGACUGCAGACCUCUCUAAUAUAUUUUAUUGUUCAACUUCUCUUCCUGGUCUCUGUCACCCCUUGCCUUAGAAUAAGGCAGAUUUCCUGAGAGUUUUAGUGUGUCGGCAGUAGAGACAUGUCACAGAGAAAAAGUGUUGCUAGUCAAGCCCAAUAAAAGGCUAGCUCACUCCUCAGCAAUAUGCUGCCUAUAAGCAAGCCUACCUCCUGUCGCUGAUGAAACUACUGCAUGUACUCCUACCUUCAGAAGUGCCAGUCCAGGAAAAUCUUCACUUGCUAACAAGCAACUCCUUCAAAAAGCUGUUCUGUACUUCACACAAGAUUUCACACAUCUACAGGCUAGAAUUCGUGCAGAAUACAAAGGGUCUUGUGCUGUCGUUGGCUUUGCAAAAGUGGUUGUCCCAUGCUCCUAGUUUACUGUGCUUCUUGCUUCGGCUACCUGUAUGUAUAUGGUUACAUCUCCUAUGUAAUUCCCCUUCCACAUCCCUGGAUCAGGUAGGACAUAAGGCAAAUAAUGGCAGUGAGUAUCUCUUGUGAAAAAUGCAAGCAAGGAGCUAACUGAACCAAAUCCAGUCCUUGCAUCCGCACUUAUAGUUCUCAGUCAGUUCAAUAGAGGCUGCUUAUUUUGGCCCGGACUUAUCUGCUGUCUUUCCUAGUGAACACUUCAGCAGUUAAAUGUAUCAUGAGAAAUAUGCUCUUGUAGAGGAUUUUAAGAUGAAUCCUUCAGAAGUUUUACUGGUUCAGGUCCUGACACUUGCCAUCUGCCUUGAUUCUUUGUUUUUGUAUAUUCACCAAAAUACUAAUUAAAAAGAAGUGGAAGUAAAUUUUUCUCUUGUUCAAGAUGAUGUGUUUGGGAAGGGGAAAUAAUAAAGGUCUGUAUCUGGGACGUCUGGGGCAGGACAAAGGCAGGCUUUAAUAUCCUGUAAUGCCAUUCUGAUGCAUGGUGCUACAGAAACUCUGAAUAAUCCU